AAAAUUAAUAAUAAUUAGAAAAAAGUAAAAAAAUUUAGUUUAUAAAGUAUGGAUAAAGAUUAUAGACCUGAAAUUCCAUAAAUGGAUUCUCAAAGUAUUUUCAAUUUAUUUUUAUAAAUUGAAAUUAAAGAUAAUGAAGAAUGCAAAGAAACUAUUUCUUUAAUUUGGAAACAACUAAGGCUUUUAGUUACAAAAAAAUAGUGCUAAGAUGAAGUUAGACAGUUCUUACAAUAAAGUAAUUGUUUUAAAUCUAUUUUGCAGAAAGUAAUUAGCAUAAACGAAGCAAAUAUACUUCACCAAAGUAAUAUUGAUAGCUUUUUCUUUUAGUUUAUGGCUAAUUUUAUUACUGGAAAUGAACAAAAUUAGAGUUUUAUGGCAGAAGAAAUUUUUAGCAAAGAUGAAACCUAUUAUCUACUUUUUAAAAAAGUCUAUGAUUCUUUUAGCUUUAGAGAUUCCAAACUAAGAAAAUUUAUCUGCACAUUUUUGUAUAACUUUUUAAAAGCUUAAAAGGUAGAAGUGGUCAUGAAAAAUAUUAUGAAUAGCCUUUCAUUUUAGCAUAUUUUAAAAGGAGUACUUGUAGAAUUUUUAGAAAAUAAAAAUGAGAGUGAUAUUAAUAUUUAAGAAUAAGCAACCUAAUAAAUAUAAGCUUAGUCAUAAGAAGUGUAGGUUAUUUAUUGGACUCUGCUAUUAAUUUCUCAUCUCUUUAACUUGAGUUAAAAUUAGUCAUUUAGCAUUAUAUAGUAUUUAGAAAUUUUGUUUGUUUCUGAGGAAGGGGUUUAUGUUGAGUAAAAAAACGAAACCUACCUAUUCAAAUGUAAAGGAAAGGAGUAUAAUUUAUAUGAGCUUGUUUCAAAUAGUUUAUUUGAAAAAUUCUAGCUCUUCUUGUACCACAUUUCCUAAAAAUUUAUUGAUGAAAAAGUUAAUAACUCAUUUGUAAAAGGACUAGAACCUACUAUUAUAGAUGUAAGAUGCCAGUACGUUAAUAAGAGUGAUUAUUAGUUCCAACUUAACACAAAUGACUUGGAUUAUAUCACAACUUAAUUUAAAAAUAUACAUUAAAGCAUAUAUAACUUAUUAGAUGCAAAAAAAGCCUUUGAGCUGGUAGAUCCUCAAGAUUUAGAUGAUGAGGAAAAGCUAUUAUUUACUAAUCAUUUGAUAUAAAUUCAUGAUAAAAUUAGAGUAUUUUGUAAUCUCACUUUUUUGGGAGCAUACAACAGCUAAAUUUAGAAAAAAAUAUUUGAUAACGGAUUAUUUGAGGAGGUCUUAAAGUUAAAUUAAAAUUUAUAAAAAUUAAAUAGCUUAAGUUUUGAUCGUUCUCAAGCACUAAUUAAUUCCAAAAAGCAAUGCUUGCUUUACUUUUCAGCAGAAAGUUAUUAAGAUAUCUUUUCUAACAUUAUGAGAUUUUUAAGUAAUGUCGUUCACAUUAACAGAGAAGCAUAAGAUUACAUUUUAUAAAAUGGGUAUUUGCUAAGUUGCUUGAAUUAAACUUACAUGGAUGAAACUAAUCCUCUUCAAAGAGAAUGGUCUGUUAUGCUUAUCCGUAACCUAUGUGACAGCAACGAUGAAAUGCAAUCAGCCAUAUCAAACUUGAAAAUGUUUGAAUUCAGUGAUAGGACUAAAGAAAUAUUGUAGAAAUAUUAAGCCAAAAAAGAAGAACUUGAGCAAAUUAGACAAUCCAUGAAAGAUGGAACUAUACAGAAAGAAUUAACAAAAAUUUGUGAAGAAAAAAAAAAUGAAGAUUUUGAUGAUUUUAUUUGA